AUGGCAAAAAAAUAUGGAGGACUUGGGUUUCAGGACAUACAACUCUUCAACGCAGCCCUCAUAGCAAAGCGAAUCUGGAGACUUCUUACAGUGCUAGACUCAUUGGCGAGUAGAGUUCUCAAAUCUAAGUACUAUCCUAACUUAUCACUUUUUGAGGCUCAGAUCCCUCAGAGCUCAUCUUGGCUAUGGAGGAGCUGGCAUGAAGUCCUGCAGGUCUGUGCCAAAUGGAUGCACAUUGAAAUCAGGAAUGACACCACAACUAAAAUAUGGGACCAACAUUGGUUGUCUAACCUCACAGGCAAGGCAGUUGAGCUACUCCCUGGAAUUGACAGAAAUUGUGUAUGGGUUAAAGACCUCAUGACUGAGGAUGGUUGGAACUGGGAUGAAAAGAAGCUGAGAAGAACUUUUCCACCUCACAUUUGUGCCCUUGUCCUCACUAUUAAAACUCUUAACCCCAAUCUUGCAGACAUAUGGAGAUGGAAGAUUCACAGCAAAGGGCUCUUCACUGUGCAGUCUACCUAUGCUCAGCUUCUAACAGAGAAAUUUCUUAAGUUGAGGGAAAACUUCUCGACUAUGAUGGAUUCCGAGAAAGGAAAAUUGCAGAAAGGGGAAGAUGAGAUACUCCAAAUAAAAGUUGUACCGAAGAAGAAGAGAAACUGA